CGAGAAGGGUUCGGUUUUUCCUUCUCUUACAGGCAGGAUGGAAGACGCUGCCUUGCAUGUCUCUGAAAUAGGAGAAAGACCCGCUUCCCGGGGGGCCUCAAUGGAAACAAAAGUCAGCCGCUGGCUCUGUGGCUGUGCCUGCCCUUCUUUCCCCAGAUGGAAGGGGAGAGAGAGAGGCACGGAAGACAGGUGCAGCCUGGGGGUGAGGGAGCGCCUGGAGGCGUGGGGUGGGAGACGGAGGUGGUGGGGAAACAGCUUUCCUCCUCCCGGGGGUCAGCAGCGAUUCAUCCACAGGCACCGUUUUCCACUGAAAUGUGAGCACGGACAGGGUGAGCACAGCCCUCGCAGUGGCCGUGGUGCCUCUGGUGUGCGCCUGUGUGUGCUGCUGCCGCUGUCAUCACAGAUGCACCCCAGCUGUCACUCCCCGCUCUGCUCCGGCUUGUUGCUCGCGCACACGCGCGCGCUCUCCUCCCUCGCCCCUUUCUUCCCUCUCUUCUCUCUCUCUCUCUCUCCAUCCCUCUGUUUCCUUCUCAGUUUGUGACUGACCCAGCAGCCCCGUACCCUGUCUGCUGCAAGCAGUCCACCUCCUGGUGCUGUGUGCUGUGUGCCAGCCCCUGCUCCUGCUGAGUGGAGACUCUGGCACCAGUGCCCACUGCGCUCUGCCUGCCGGUGGUGUCUGGAUUUCUCCAGGAAUCCCAGGAGGGUCUCACUGGAGGAUUGAGAGCCACCUGAUUGAAGGCGUUUGUGGUCAGAGUAAAGACGGGUAUAUGGGGACAAAUCAGCUGCUUUCUCAGCUCCAGCGAGAGUGGACCAGGCAAUGCUGUGGGCACUGCAGAGGACCACUCAGAGGAAAGGCGGCAUCUUCCUUUCCUACCUCUGCCUUUCCUGUACCAGUAACCUCCGAGUCUGCUGCAGCAUGAACCCCUGAGCUGAUGAGUCUUAUUAUAGCCCGGCUGGCGGAAGACAGAGCGCUGCUAUUCACCUCUGCGAGGGCGGCGGCAGUGCAGGGGGAAGCGGCAGGCCACCCAGUGGCUCACACCCUACGUGGCUGCAGCUGCCAAGGGCCUGGACCCUGUCUCCCUGGGGCCAUGGACUGACAGGCGGCGCACCCAGGGGCUCCUCUCCCUCCAGAGCGACAGGGCCCGGAGAGCCAUGGGCCUCACCAUGAUGGCACCGGGCAGCAGCCCUGAGCAGAGGGGCAGGCUUGCCCUGCAGCUGAGGCAGGUGUCCUGGAUCACCUGCUGGAUCGCCCUGUAUGCAGUGGAGGCCCUCCCCACCUGCCCCUUCUCCUGCAAGUGUGACAGCCGCAGCCUGGAGGUGGACUGCAGUGGUCUAGGCCUCACUGCGGUGCCCCCGGAUGUGCCUGCGGUCACCCGAACCCUCUUGCUCCUGAACAAUAAGCUGAGUGCCCUGCCAAGCUGGGCUUUCGCCAACCUGUCCAGCCUGCAGCGCUUGGACCUGUCCAACAACUUCCUGGACCAGCUGCCCCACUCCGUUUUUGGGGACCUGACCAAUCUGACCGAGCUGCAGCUGCGCAAUAACAGCAUCAGGACCCUGGACAGAGACCUGCUGCGGCACUCCCCAAUGCUCCGCCACCUGGACCUGUCCAUCAACGGCCUGGCCCAGCUGCCCCCUGGCCUUUUUGACGGGCUCCUGGCUCUGCGCUCCCUCUCGCUUCGCUCCAAUCGCCUGCAGAACCUGGACCGGCUGACGUUUGAACCCCUGGCGAACCUGCAGCUGUUGCAGGUGGGGGAUAACCCCUGGGAGUGUGACUGUAACCUGCGUGAUUUCAAACACUGGAUGGAGUGGUUCUCCUACCGAGGGGGGCGCUUGGACCAGCUUGCCUGCACCCUCCCCAAGGAGCUGAGGGGGAAGGACAUGCGCAUGGUCCCCAUGGAGAUGUUCAACUACUGCUCCCAGCUGGAGGACGAGAAUAGCUCAGCUGGGCUGGAUAUUCCUGGGCCACCCUGCACCAAGGCCAGUCCAGAGCCUGCUAAGCCCAAGCCCGGGGCUGAGCCGGAGCCGGAGCCCAGCACAGCCUGCCCCCAGAAGCAGAGGCACCGGCCGGCGAGCGUGAGGCGAGCCAUGGGCACAGUGAUCAUCGCAGGGGUCGUGUGUGGCAUCGUCUGCAUCAUGAUGGUGGUGGCUGCUGCCUACGGCUGCAUCUAUGCCUCCCUCAUGGCCAAGUACCACCGGGAGCUCAAGAAGCGCCAGCCCCUGAUGGGGGACCCUGAGGGUGAGCAUGAGGACCAGAAGCAGAUCUCUUCUGUGGCCUGAGUGCCCAUCCCCACCUGGCCAGGUAGGAAGGGCAGGGAGAGCACACCGCAUUGCUCUGCCAUAGCCCCCACCUUGACAUGGCGCUGGCCACUGCUUCCCCCAGUCCACUCUCCUCCCCACCCUCCAGCAGACAAGCCACAACAGGCUUUCUCCCUGCACUUCCAAGGCUCCCUAGAAGCCACAGUGCUGGGGGCUCCUGCUGAUGCUCCUCUCUGGGCCAGUACAUCUUUGGAACAUCUAGGGGAUCUCCCUAAGCUCUGGCCACAGCAAAGCAAGGAGGUGUGUGCAAGAGGAGGCUUCCAGGCUGGGCGUUCCCCUGUCGUCCUUCCUGCCCGGGGGCGGCCACAGCUGGUGACUUGUCCUACCUUGCUGGUCACACCUCACCUGCAUUGAGGGGACAGGGAAGGAGGAAUCUGAGGGAUGGGGUAGAUUUCUGAGACUCUCUCCUGAGCCAGAAAGACGUUCUUAACACCCCUGCAGUAACAAACCUGGUCCAGCUCUACAACUGCUGGCACCAAUGUGCAAACACACCAGCCCUGCCAUCUGGACCCAGCACUCAGAGAAACCAUACACCCCUGGCCGAUGCCAUCAAGCCCCUGGAUCUGCUAUAGGCCACACUGACCACAUGCUCCUGGAUUCACUAGUUCACUCACACACACCCUUUGUGUCACCAGUGCAGUCACAUGGAUUGAAAGAAUACACACACACACACACACACUCUCUCUCUCUCUCUCUCUCUCUCUCUCACUCUCACUCACUCACACAGUCAUGUGGAGACCAAGGCUAUGAGCACUGGGACAGCAGAGACAUACUCUUCCCUGGGGUUCUCCCUGAGACCACAGAGCCUCUGGCUUGCUCACUGCAAUUUUCUCAAGUCAACAGAGGGAAGGAACCCAACCAGUAACACCAGGAUCCUUUGAGAUCCUCCAAAGUGGGCCAAAGUGGUGCCACUGGAGGAGACUUCCUGUCACCAUGGUAACCCACUCACACCUCUCCUGCUAGGCUUUCCCGGGAUACCACCCAGGGGCCUGGAGCAGCUGCAUGUGCACAUGGCGGCCUCCUGAGAAUCCAGCCACACACCACUGGUGUUGCCUCGGUCCUGCCCAUGCACAUCACAGCGCCAGGCCCCGGGGGCCCCCCGCCAAUUCCUCCACAGCCUGCAGCCUGGCACUGUGACUCUGUACCUCUCCCCCUCCAUCUUCAGCACUCUUGGCCUGUGACUUCAGGGCAGGGACUUGGAGGUGCUUUGCCAUUGGUGGCAUCCUUUGGGGAAAGCAGGUGGCAGGCAGAGAACACGGUGGCUCUCCUGAGGCUCAUUGCCUGCUAGCUCAUCCCAGACAGACUCCAUGAGCGGGAGGGGUGGCCACAUGCUGCCCAGAGGCUCCGAGGAUGGGGUUUCUGUUCCUGGGUUUCGUCUGCUCAGUGUGGCUCUCCAGAGCACUUCAUGGCACCUGGGUGGGGUCCAAACCAGAGGGUGGGCGGGGAGCCUGCCUGGGACGGAGCCACCUGCUGCCAAGACAUGGAGGUUUUCAGGGUCACUCAUCCCCCUCCCGAGCCCCGCCCCUCCUCGGAGUGUGAUGGUGGUGGGUACCUAGGUGUCGUGCUCACAGGCUCAGCAGGUGUCAGGCUUGUCUCUGGCUCUUGGGUGGAAUCUCGAUGGGGGCUCAGGAAGAGACCAGCCAGAACCCUGAAGCCAAGGGGCUGAGUGGAGAGAGUUGGCAGGCCUAGUUUCUGUGUCCUCCUCCAACCCUUCCUGCUUAUGCGGCCAUGGGUGGGUGAGGUGGGCUGGGGGCCAGGAGGAGUGCCUUUGAGAAGGUUGGUCCUGGCAGGUGGACAGAGGGCACCUGGCAUGGGCUGCUUACUGGGACCCCAGGCCACCCUAGCCUCAGUCACAGUCUUCCUUCUUUUGGUGUGCAGGCUGAUACCAGAUCUGGGGAUUUUCUAAAGGGACUGUGGGGAGGGGAGGGCAUUGUCAAUGGUGGUAUCUUUAGCCUGAGACAGAAGAUUUUUAAAGGCAAAAUUAUAUUUCUGGUUUGUUGUUUCAGAAGAAUAAUAAAGACUGUAUUUUCCUACGUA